ACAGAAGAAAAAAAUGGCUGAAAGAAUUAAGUCACAACAUUACGGAUGUUCUUGACUCAAUGGAAAGAAUCUAACAAAGUAAGCGCAAGAGAUGAUGAGAAUUAUAUUCCAAAGAUAAAGAAGAGUGAUAAUAUAUUGGAGAAAGAAUUAGAUGCCAUAUAAAUUAUUCUUCGGAAGAUUAACGCUUCCCUUGAUGUUGAGGUUAGUAGGAAGAAUCUAUGAUCUAUCUAUUUAUAUUCUUUCCAUAUAUGCACAAUCCAAUGAACUGCAGCAGCACCAAAUUGUUCGUCUUCACCUUCAUUGGAAUUAUCGAAAAAAUCCAUUGAAGUGUCGAGUUGCAGGUGCAGAGGAGUGAACAGUGAUGCUGGAAAUUGUUGAAUAGAAAUGGGGAAUAGUCCUAGCUGCCCUCGUCUACUGGGAAAUGGAAACUAUUCUUCUUACGAUAUUAUACUGGGCAAAGCGGCUACCAUUAGCGUCAAAAAAUAUGAACGUUCUUUCGGCCUAAGUUGGGAACUCGUGUACGACGUGGACGGAAUGACUUCUACACUUUCCAUAUCAAGAAACACCAACAAAAAAUCAGGUGAUGAUUGGUUAUGGAUACAUGUCAUGGAUUGUAGUCCCGUAAAAACGGAGAAGUUUGGAAUUCGUCCUCAUCCAAUGGAAAAUAUUACGGUAGAAGUAAAUAAAGAAAAAAAAACUGGUCUUCUUUACCCAAGUUUGUAUAACAUCUUGCCGUAUGAAGCAGAAUAUGGUGAAUCAUUGAAUGGCGGGGUAAAAACUCAGAGUAGGGUAUAUGCGUAUGGAACCAGGAAAGGUCUUUUUGUUAUGGAGAGCAAGAAGAAAAGCAACGAAAAACAACCCUACGUGGUUACCGUAGCGCAUUAUUACGUGAAUAGUGGUAGUGGUGAAAGUGGUAUAGACAUAGGUUUUUCAGUUGUGGUGAAGAUUGGAGUGGUUAAUGGGCAAUUAGAUUAUAGCGUAGAUGGCCCUGUGGAACACCCUACUUCCGCAUUAGUUUACAUGAUUGAAGAAGUGGUUCGAACUGGGAAGUGGAAGCCUUCUGCAUGCCCUCAUUGCAAGAUUAGAAUAUCCAAUCGCAACAGCGUAGACUGCUGCUAUCUGAGAGUGAACACAGCGACACCCCUCUUCCACCGCCACGACGUUAUGCAGGUCCACAAAACACAGCAAAUAUGGGACGCUUCGAUGGGGAUGCUAACGGUAGUAUAAUUCAAGCAACUAAAAUUAACUUCUUUAAAUGGUGGCAAUGACUUAUAGUUGCCAAACUCAAUCUUCGUGCAUGCCAACAACCUUCUUUUCUAAUAGUAGAUACAGUUCUCUGUGCUUUUUUGCUCACUAAAACCAUCAAUGGAAUGUGCAUAAUCAUAGUUUUCACCUACUUUUCUCGGAUACUGAGUUCAGUUUAAGGAAGAGUUGGCAUACUAAAUUCUUGAUAAAAGGUUUGUAGAUAUUUUCACCAGUGCUAGACCGUCUGUUAUUGGGACUAAGAAGAUCAUCUAGUCUCUUGUUGUCUCCAAAAUUAUGGACUGUUUGGUAAGAACGUUGAGUGGAACCAUCUAAUGGCUAUAAAGAGAAGCAUAAUUCAUGUAUCCUUUUCAUUAUUCUAGGUGUGUUCCCAGUGUGUAAGUUUGAAUUGUGUUUUAAUCAAUCAAUAAAACCUUGUAUCUUUAUUCAAUAAGCUAACUCAGUUGUAACAUUUGAGCUGUAUUGAGUUAGAUUGUUAAAGAAAGAAAAUUAUGUAAAAUUCUUGUAACAUUUGAGCUGUAUUAAGAUUU